AAUUCGUCACUGCAUAACUACCUGAGCACCUAAACACCUGAUGUACUAACAAUUAUCAAAGUUAAUGUGUUUUGUUUUUUUUUUGUUGCCAUGUCCUACGACGCGUUCCUAUUUCAACCAAGAAAAAGAAAAAGUGGGAGGAAGAGAUCGAUCUUCCACGGGACCACGUUCGAGGUCAGUUAAAAGACUGAACUAAAGAACAAUCAUGUCCUCGUGUUUCGGAUUUAGGAAAAGGGACACCGAUCCCGAACGAGAACCUCUUCUUCCUCAAUAUGAGCAGGACACCCAUCUGCAGCGGGAGCUCUAUCGCAAGCUUCACAGCUACCAGAUGCUAAAGGCCCUGACUAAGGGAUUCAUGCCAAGCACCGAACAGACCAUCGUCAAUCUCCGUACCUUUCUGGCUAGCGACAUACUGAACCCAGAAAACCCCGAUUUAUCCAAUAGCGGCCGCCGAUUGGUUCGUCUAACCAAGCUAUGGCUACAGCAGUUCAUCACCCUCCUCCAGCACAAAAACGACAAGGAUCAGCUUCAGGAUCUCGUCUGGUUCUUAUCCAAGAGCCAAAUAUCUGUCGAUGUGGAUGACCUUACCUCUAGGGUUAAGAAGACCAAGACUAAGGCCGAUAUUGCUGCAGCCUAUCAGAGCGUUCAGACUGUCGGAUCUCUUCUACUAACGAAUCCCGAUUUCCGAACAUUCCUCGGCGAUCUCAGCGUAGUUGGUCGGGAAGUGUUCAGUAACUCGGCCUUUGCCUUGAGUAGUGCUGCCAAAGAGGUGGGCGAACACAUAGAACCUUCCGAAGAGGAACAACAGAACGCAGCCGGAUCUUCCCAGCAUUUCUCUAGCCAGCCUCCAACAGCGCAGUUUCUAGAGGACGAAUUCGAGGAUGCCACUCAGGUCAUUUCGGACCAAGCUGCUGAGGUUGCAAGCACUACAGUCGAAAGUGUCAAGGACAAACUAUCCGGUGAUGAAGGCCAUGCACUUUUGAAGAGACUACAGCAGGUCGUAACCAACCUUCGAAAGCGUAAAGACUAUUCUGAUUCUGUAUCGACUCUUUCAUUGCUCAUCAAGCGCUACGCCAUAAUCUACUCCCAGGCUGCCGAGGAAGUACUUGAAGUCGCCCAAAACGAUGUCCAGGAAAACCGGGAGACGGACCGUGCCUUAACAAACCUGUGGGAGUUUGUCAAGAGUUUUGGUGACAGGAAUGAAUGGGAAAAAUGUGAAGCACUCCUCAAGAAGGUCAUGGGCCAUAAAGAUCAGGACCCCGAGUUUGAGAAUCUAUUGCAAGAAAUCGCAGAUAGCUUACAGAAGCUAUUCACCGACCCAGAAUUCUUCACCAAUGCCGACGAGAAGCUCAAGGAAUUGAGAGACAAGAGCAGAGAAGUCGGAUCGGAGAGUGAUCUGCGGCAAGAUGUUGUUGAACUCUUACAGCAACUCUCUAUCACGUUCCACAGUGUUGCCAAAGACAAGGACAUUUCCGACCUGACAACGACCACCCUCUGUAUCCUUGGCGUGCUUUCUCCUACAGACGCAGCAACCAAUUCGGAAUUGAUUCAGGAUGCGCUCGGCGUCUUCAUCCCCCUUCUCAUCACUGCCGUUCAACAUGUACCCAUUCCACGUCUCGAAGUCAGCACGCCAGCAAUGGAUCUCCUCCUUGAAAAUCUGAUCAUCGAACCUGGCGCGACCGUGAACAACACCUCAUUCCUCCCUUAUCGACUAAAGAUCGAGAAUUACAACGACGUCGAGAUCCGCAAAGCCCGCUUCCGAACCAGUGCUAGCACGAAGAACCUUAUGCUCAUCAAGAUCGAUGGUCUCUCGGCGCGUGCAGAUGAGGUUGGCUUUUGGUUGCGCGCCCACAGUGGUUUAUUUCGCCUUGCGGACCAGGGCAUCGCAGAUUUUGCGCUGGACGAACGUGGCAUUGAUAUUCACCUCGAGGUUGAAAUUUGCCGCGAGCGCUUAGAACAUAUUCUGACACUUCGCAGAGUGCGCGUGAGGGUGCACAAGUUGAACUACAAGCUCCGAAAGAGCAAGCUUUCCUGGUUAGCUUGGCUCAUCAAACCAGUCCUUCGUCCUAUCAUCAAGGCGACUAUGGAAGCCCAACUCGCUACCGCUAUCGGUGAUCUGCUCCAUGCCGCGAAUCGUGAGCUACUGUUCGCCCGAGAGCGUCUGCGUGCCACGAGAAUUGCGGAUCCGAAAGACUUGUGGACUUUCAUCAAGGCUGUCGCGGCGAGAUUGGUGCCUGAAGAGGACCCUGAUCUCUACGCGAGAGUGGGCGUUGAGCAGCCGGGACGUGGUAUCUUCAAGGGUGUGUAUGCCCCCGGGAGCGUCGUCAAGAUCUGGCAUGAAGAGGCCGCCCGAGCCGGAGACCGCGUCGAGCAGUUUGAGGCAGGUGGCUGGAGAAACGAUGUUUUCAAUACCCCAGUGGCUCCUAUGCCCUAAGCUGUCUUCAUUGAUGCAGACUCUAUGACUCAAGUUACGAAGCGAUAUGGCGUUUUUGGAAGGUUAUUUUAGGCGUACCACAAGAAUCAAUGUCUCGCAGGCGAACCACUCUCAUUGUAUUUCACAUGUCUAGCAACUUUGCUCAGGCUCGUUUGACGUAUGUAGGACCGUAGCCGAUUCAGGCCAGAAUGUUACAAUUUUCAUGCUCGGGCAUUAUGUCACACACUACUUAGGUAGAUGCAAAAAUUAGGACGAAUAGACAUGGAUACCGGAAUAUACAAUUUAGAG